CACGUGAUAAGUCCAGAGGCCGGAACUGGGCAGGUUGUGGGACGCGCAGGGUUUUGAUAAAAACAAACGGCGACGGCGCCGCCGCAGGGUCUAUGGCCGAGGCGGUAAGGCCCCAGCGCCGGGCCAAGGCCAAGGCCAGCCGGACAAAAAUCAAGGAAAAGAAAAAAUCUGAACCCCUUCAGAGGGAAGAAUCUGAUGAAGUCUCCCUUCCGAAAACCUCCAGAGAGCUGGAAAUUUCUGCUCCAGCUUGUGAAUUCAAAGGAGACUGUCUGAAGGUGUUAACUGAUUCUCAGCUCCAGAAUGCUGCCAGUGGACACAACGAGAGUGAAAUGUUUGAUGUACCACUCACCUCCUUAACCGUAAGCAACGAAGGGUCCCUGACAUGGAACACAGAGACCUCAAAGGAAGGGGAGGAGGUCAGAGCCUGUGUUGGGGACGAUGCCGUGAAGCCGAAGGUCGACCCUGGAGACAGUGCCGGAAUCAAAGUAGAAACCCCCAAGAACUUUACAGAAGCAGAGGGAAAUACAUUGAUACAAUGUGGACCUUCUGAAAGCCCCUUGCAACCUGAUUUUUUUCAUACUCAGCAAGAAAUGGAAAAUUUACAGGUCAGAGAAACUCCGAAAAAGAAAGAAGACAAACAAGCCUUGGGUCUUUCUCCAGAGGUGCUACAAAAUGUUGGCUUGCAGAGUUCUUGUGAAGCCAAAGACAUUUUUCAGCCACCUAGAGUGAAAAGACUGUAUCCCCAGCUGCCAGCUGAAAUUGCUGGAGAAGUACCAGCUUUGGUGGCAGUGAAACCCUUGUUCCGCAGCGAGCGACUGUACCCCGAGCUCCCAUCUCAACCAGAACUGGUACCAUUUACUAAAGAACAGCUAAAAAUCUUUGAGCCUGGUUCGUGGCUGGAAAAUGUUGAGUCGUAUUUAGAAGAGUUUGACAGCAUGGCUCAUCAGGACAGGCACGAAUUUUAUGAGUUGCUACUGAACUACUCCCGAUGUAGGAAGCAGCUGCUGCUGGCUGAAGCUGAGCUCCUUGCUCUGACGUCUGAUUGCCAAAAUGCGAAAAGUCGACUAUGGCACUUUAAGGAGGAACAGUUGUCUGUGCAGGGUAUCUGUGCAGAUCAAGUGAAAGUUUCUGGCUAUCAUCGCUACCAAAGAGUAGAGAUGAAUGAAAAUGCACUGGGGGAGCUAAAGAAGCUAUUUGAUGCCAAAUCUGAGCACCUCCACCAGACCCUCGCUCUGCAUUCGUAUACCUCUGUGCUCUCAAAGUUGCAAGUGGAGUCUUACAUUUAUGCCUUACUCAAUAGUUCAGCUGUUCUGAGAUCUUUAGCAGUUCAAGGCCGAGCUGGUAAACAGACUGAAAGCUUUCCCUCUGAUCUGUGUCAACUAAAGGAGUGCAUUAGUGUCUUAUUCAUGUUCACCAGGAGGGUUAAUGAAGAUACUCAGUUCCAUGACGAUAUUCUUCUCUGGCUGCAGAGAUUGGUAUCAGUGUUACAAAGAGUUGGCUGUCCUGGAGAUCACUUCUUCCUUUUAAACCAUAUUCUUCGAUGCCCGGCAGGUGUUAGUAAAUGGGCUGUUCCUUUCAUCCAGAUCAAAGUGUUGAAUAACCCGUCAGGGGUCUUUCAUUUUAUGCAGUCCCUUGCUCUGCUAAUGUCGCCUGUCAAAAAUCGAGCAGAGUUCCUAUGCCACAUGAAGCCCAGUGAGCCAAAGCCAUCCUCCUCGGGGCCUGCAUCUGGGACCUGGACACUAGUAGAUGAGGGAGGAGAAGAGGAUGAAGACCCUGAGACCAGUUGGCUGCUUCUUAAUGAAGAUGACUUGGUUAUCCUUUUAUCACAGUUUCCAUUUCAUGAGCUCUUUCAACAUCUUCUUGGGUUUAAAGCAAAAGGUGAUUAUUUACCUGAAACAACAAGACCUCAAGAGAUGAUGAAAAUGUUUGCGUUUGUUAACUCACUAGUGGAGCUUCUGGCUGUGGGGUUAGAAACGUUCAAUAGAGCGCGCUAUAGGCAGUUUGUGAAGCGGAUUGGUUACAUGAUCAGGAUGACCCUUGGUUAUGUGAGUGACCAUUGGGCACAGUUUGUGAGUCACAACCAAGGCUUGGGUUUGGCCCAGCAGCCCUACUCUGUGGAGAAACUACAGGUUGAAUUUGAUGAGCUGUUUUUGAGAGCUGUCCUCCAUGUGCUGAAAGCCAAAAGACUUGGCAUUUGGCUGUUUAUGUCAGAGAUGCCCUUUGGGACGCUGUCUGUCCAGAUGCUCUGGAAGCUCUUCUACCUCAUGCACCAGGUGGAGAGUGGGAAUCUGGAGAAGCUCUGCAUCAGUCUCCCGCCUGCGGAGUGCAAGAGGCAGCUCCAAGACCCAGAACAUUUUGUGAACUUUGAGAGGUGUCUUUCUUCCAUGAAUAGCUCAGAAGAGAUUUGCCUUCUAACGACAUUUGCUCAGAUGGCUCAGGCCAGAAGAACCAAUGUGGAUGAAGACUUCAUAAAAAUUAUUGUUCUGGAGAUAUAUGAGGUAUCUUAUGUCACCCUGUCCACCAGAGAGACUUUUUCAAAGGUUGGUCGAGAGCUCUUAGGGGCCAUCACAGCUGUUCACCCUGAGAUAAUUUCUGUCCUUUUGGAUAGAGUUCAAGACACCAUUGACCAGGUUGGAAUGGUUUCUUUAUACUUGUUUAAAGAACUGCCUCUGUAUCUCUGGCGACCUUCUGCCUCUGAGAUAGCCGUGAUUCGGGACUGGUUAUUGAAUUAUAACCUGACAAUGGUGAAGAAUAAGUUGGCCUGUGUUAUUCUAGAAGGACUAAAUUGGGGAUUUGGUGAACAGGGUACCCUUCAUCUGGAUCAAGCAGUCCAUGCUGAAGUGGCUUUAAUGAUUCUUGAAGCGUACCAGAAAUACCUUGCACAGAAGCCGUAUGCUGGGCUUCUUUCUGAAAGUAUGAAGCAGGUUUCAUAUUUGGCCAGUAUUGUUCGAUAUGGAGAGACACCUGAGACCUCAUUUAACCAGUGGGCCUGGAACUUGAUCUUGAGGUUAAAACUGCACAAAAAUGAUUAUGGAAUACAGCAGAAUUGUCCAACUGUUCCCUUCUCCAGCACUGUGCCUGACAUGACAGAGUCACCCACGUUUCAUCCUCUCUUGAAGGCUGUUAAGGCGGGCAUGCCCAUCGGCUGUUAUCUGGCCUUAGCUAUGACGGCUGUGGGCCACAGCAUUGAGAAGUUCUGUGCAGAAGGCAUCCCACUGUUGGGAAUUCUGGUCCAGUCGAGGCAUUUGCGAACAGUGGUUCAUGUCCUGGAUAAGAUCCUGCCUUUGUUCUACCCUUGCCAGUAUUACCUUCUGAAGAAUGAGCAGUUUCUGUCACACCUCCUUCUGUUCCUACACUUGGACAGUGGCGUCCCUCAGGGUGUCACACAGCAGGUCACCCACAAGGUGGCACAGCACCUGACAGGAGCCAGCCAUGGGGACAACGUGAAGCUUCUCAACAGCAUGAUCCAGGCCCACGUAUCCGUAAGCACCCAGCCCAAUGAAGUGGGCCCCGUUGCCGUGUUGGAGUUCUGGGUUCAGGCUCUAAUAAGCCAGCAUCUUUGGUACCGAGAACAACCCAUCCUCUUCCUCAUGGACCACUUGUGUAAAACAGCUUUUCAGCUGAUGCAGGAAGACUGUGUGCAGAAGUUGCUCUACCAGCAACAUAAGAAUGCUUUGGGUUACCACUGUGACCGGAGUCUGCUCUCUUCUUUGGUGAGCUGGAUCGUGGCUGGCAACAUCACUCCUUCCUUCGUGGAGGGCUUGGCCACGCCUACUCAGGUCUGGUUCGCCUGGACAGUACUGAACAUGGAAUCCAUCUUUGAAGAAGACUCCCAGCUCCGAAGGGUCGUUGAAGGGGAAUUGGUUAUAAACACUGCUUUUACCCCUGACCAAGCUCUGAAGAAAGCCCAGGCCCAGCUGAAGCUCCCCAUCGUCCCGUCCCUCCAGAGGCUGCUGAUUUAUCGCUGGGCCCACCAGGCCCUUGUCACGCCUUCUGAUCACCCUCUUCUGCCUCUCAUCUGGCAGAAGUUCUUCCUCCUGUAUCUUCACCGCCCAGGACCGCAAUAUGGGUUACCCAUAGAUGGUUGUAUUGGAAAAAGGUUUUUUCAAAGCCCUGCUCAUACCAGUUUGUUGAGAGAAAUGAAGAGGCGCCUGACUGAGGUGGCCGACUUCCACCAUGCUGCGAGCAAGGCCCUCCGCGUUCCAGCAGAGGGCAGUGAAGGGCCACCUGCUGGCCAGGCUGGCACCCCUGGUUACCUGACUUCCCCAGAGCUGCACACGGAGCUCGUGAGGCUCUUCAAUGUAUAUAUAUUAUGGCUAGAAGAUGAGAAUUUUCAAAAAGGAGAUACCUAUAUCCCUUCUCUACCAAAGCAUUAUGAUGUUCACAGGCUAGCAAAAGUGAUGCAGAACCAGCAGGAUCUGUGGAUGGAGUAUUUGAACAUGGAGCGCAUACGUUAUGAGUUCCAGGAGACUGUUGGUCUGUGGACACAGGCCACACUUGAGUCCCAUUCGCCGCCCUGCAGUUUGUCAGUGCAGCUGGACUUCACUGAUCCUUUGUUGGCUAAAGAAAGGGUUUUAAGCAACUUGCGGAAGCACGAGGCUCCUCAGCCUCCCCUUGAUCUGCACCCAGUGAGGCCUCCUGUGCCAGUCAUUUCCUCGGCUGUGCUCCUGAGUCAGAAGGACACCACCCAGCUGGUGCGCACAGACCUGAAUCUGUUGCAGCAGCAGGCCAGAACUGCAGCUCUUCGAGAAUCUCAGCAGGUUGCCCUGGAUAGUGAGCUGUUGGACACAAUGCCCAAGCAGUAUGUUAAUAGAGAAGAACAGACCACACUACAUUUGGAGUGUAGAGGCAGUAGUGGUAAGAAAUGCCAAGGAGCAGCAGUUGUAACAGUUCAGUUUGAAGGUAUGCAUAAAAAUGAAGCAGUAAGCCAACAGCUUCAUGUUUUGCGAAAAGAAGUGAAGCAGUUGCAAGCAGAAGCUGCUAAGCCACCCUCACUUAAUGUUGUGGAAGCUGCUGUUCAUGCGGAAAACUUGAUUACGGCCCUAGUGAAUGCCUACAAGUUGCAGCCUACCCCUGGGGUUCAGAAGGUUGGCAUUAGCCUCUUCUUUACUGUUGUGGAUUAUGUCAGUGAUGAGACUCAGCGCCAUCCUCCCACAAGGCAAUUCUUUACUUCAUGCAUUGAGAUCUUGGGACAGGUGUUUAUCAGUGGCACUAAGUCAGAAUGCAGAAAAGUACUUGAGACUGUUCUGAAGAAUAGAAGGCUGUGCUCUCUCCUGUCCCCUUUCUUCACUCCCAAUGCUGCACCUGCGGAGUUCAUUCAGCUCUAUGGGAAAGUGGUGAAGUUUCUAAGUGAGGACAACAGUGAUAUGAUUUUCAUGCUGCUGACCAAGUUCGAUCUUAAGCAAUGGUUAAACGCCACUAAACCUCCUCUGUCUGAUCGUACCAGGCUUCUGGAGUCCAUUCACUUGGCACUUACUGCCUGGGGCCUUGAACCAGAUGAGGAUAUUUUGAUGCCUUUUAAUCUUUUCUGUAAGCACUGGACUUACCUUCUUCUCUACCAGUUCCCUGACCAGUACAGUGACAUUCUCAGGCUGCUGAUGCAAAGCUCCGCGGAGCAGCUGCUGAGCCCGGAGUGUUGGAAAGCCACACUGAGAGCCCUGGGCUGCUGUGCCCCAAACUGCCAGCAGGGGGCAGCUUCUGCCGAGAGCUCAGUGCUUCAAAGCUCUCCAGAUGUUCUCUUGUCCGAUAAGCAGGUAAUGGAGACGAUACAGUGGCUCUCAAAUUUUUUUUACAAGCUUCGCUUAUCCACAUUGGACUUUAAAAGCUUUGGUUUAUUCUCAAAAUGGAGUCCUUACAUGGCUGAUAUGAAGACACUCUUGGGCUAUCUUGUUAAAAGGCUGCUUGACUCAGAAAUGGCCUGCUUGGCUCAAGACCCAUCUGCCAGCAGCAAAGCAGUGCUGAGAUCCCUACAUUCAGUAAUCAUCCAGCUCUUUAAGCCAUGGAUCUUGGUUUUAGAGGACAAUGAAAGCAGCCAACGACAUUACCCCUGGCUGGAAAGUGAUGCCGUGGUGGCCUCGAGCAUCGUGCAGCUGUUCACUGACUGUGUUGAUUCACUGCAUGAGAGUUUUAAAGAUAAGCUAUCACCAGGUGAUGAUGGAGCCCUCAGGUUGCACCUGCUGCAUUACUGUGAAGCAUGCACAGCACCCAGAAUGCCCGAGUUCAUUCUGUACGCUUUCCAUAGUGCCUACCGGAAGCUCCCGUGGAGGGACCUGCACCCUGACCAGAUGCUCAUGGAGGCCUUCUUCAAAGUGGAACGAGGAAGCCCUAAGAGCUGCUUCUUAUUUUUGGGGUCUGUCCUGUGCGAAGUCAACUGGGUCAGUGUGCUCUCUGACGCCUGGAGCCCCAGUCCUCACCCAGAGACGCGGAGCAUGAUUGUCUGCCUCCUUUUCAUGAUGAUUUUAUUGGCAAAGGAAGAUCAGCUGGUAGACCAAGCAGAUUCACCUCUGCUGAAUCUCCUUGGACAAACAAGCUCACUUUCGUGGCAUCUUGUAGACGUUGUGUCAUACCAGAGUGUGCUAGGUUAUUUCAGCAGCCAUUACCAGCCAUCCGUCAUCCUGGCAAAGGAACCUUCUGCUGAAUUAAUCAUGAAGCUCCUGAGAGUGUCUGCAGGCCUUUCUGUUCCUACUGACGGCCAGAAACAUCUCGAUGCAGUUCCAAAAUGCCGAGCCUUCACUCAUCAGAUGGUUCAAUUCCUCAGCUCCCUGGAACAAAAUGGAAAAAUCACCUUAGCAGCCCUAGAAAAGGAGAUGUCUAAGCUCUUAGAUGAUAUCAUCGCCUUUAACCCACCUGACAUGGACAGCCAGACCCGCCACAUGGCGCUCAGCAGCCUCUUUAUGGAAGUCCUGAUGAUGAUGAACAACGCAACUAUUCCAACGGCAGAGUUCCUCCGGGGCAGUGUCCGCACCUGGAUUGGGCAGAAAGUGCACGGGCUGGUGGUCCUGCCUCUCUUAACAGCAGCCUGUCAGAGCCUGGCUUCUGUCCGCCACAUGGCUGAGACGACGGAAGCCUGCAUCACUGCCUACUUCAACGAAGGCUCCCUCAGUCAGAAUUUAGGAUGGGGCCCCAUUCUGGUGUCCCUCCAAGUUCCGGAGCUCACCAUAGAAGAAUUUCUGCAGGAGUGCCUGUCCCUCGGCAGCUACCUGACUCUCUAUGUCUACUUGCUACAGUGUUUAAACAGCGAACAGACUUUAAGGAACGAAAUGAAAGUGCUUCUCACCCUGAGCAGGUGGUUGGAGCAGGUGUACCCCGGCUCCGUGCAGGAAGAGGCCAAGCUGUUUUUGUGGUGGCACCAAGUCCUGCAGCUGUCCCUGAUUCAGACGGAACAGAAUGACUUGGUCCUGAUAGAGUCUGUCGUUCGAAUUCUGCUCAUGCUUCAGAGUAGACAGAGCCAGCUGGCCGAGGAGAGGCUCAGCUCCGGAAUUCUGGGGGCAAUUGGGCUGGGCCGGAAGUCGCCCCUGUCCAACAGGUUCCGAGUGGUUGCUCGAGGCAUGGCCGCCUUCCUUUCGGUUCAGGUUCCUUCCGAGGAUCAGAUCCGUUUGAAGCCUGGCUCUGAAUUACAUCUGACCCCAAAAGCUCAGCAGGCUCUGAAUGCUCUUGAAUCCUUGACAUCAAGUAAGCAGUAUGUUGAAUACCAGGAUCAGGUAUCACAAGCUGCACAAUUUAUAAAGCAUCCUGGCCAUUGCCUCCAAGAUGGGAAAAGCUUCCUGGCUCUUCUUGUUAACUGUCUCUAUCCAGAAGUGCAUUAUUUGGACAACAUACGAUAGUAACACUGAGUCUCUCAAAAAAACCUGUUGCUGUUUAUGUUUACAUUUAACUUUGCUGUUGCACAAGUAACUUUGCUCAGUCUUACUGCAGAGCUCAGUUGGGCCAGUGAGUUCGUUGACUGAGAGGCAAGUCGGGAGGCACUAGAUAAUUCUGUUGUGCAUGCGCAUGUGUGUAUGUCUUUGUGUGUGUGUGUGUGUGUGUGUGUGUGUGUGUGUUUUCUUAGUUCUUGAAACUUCCCAGGGCCUUUGUAGUUUUUAUGUUCACCCCACUGGAGAAAAUGAGUCCCACUUGGGCACAGAGCCAUUCAGCUGCUGGAUCCCCAGUCACCUCACAGGACCCCCCACGGGGCUCUGUUGUAUGUCUCCAUUUCUGUCUUCCCUGUUUUAUUUAAAUCUCAAGACUGCUGUGUCAGAUCUAACUGCUUUGGGAAUCAUGUAGAACCCUCAGUUUUGAACCUCAUUUGUGUUCUUUCAAAGUAAAACAAGCUUUGAAAACUUCUGCAUUUCUCAAAUGUGGGGAAAUACACCAGCUUCAAAGUAUUAUUUCCCUCAAAAUGGAGAUAAGAAUGCUGAGUUAAAGUGAGGCAUUGUCUGAAAUGUGGCCACUUGAUCCUUGAUUGUAGAGGAUGGCAGAGAUGGUGACAAGUCCAUUUCCAUCCCACUGUGGUCCUCAUGAAGAAGGAGAUGUCCAUGUAAACCGAGGGGGCACACAGGUAGCAUGUGAUGAGCAGACUGUGUACAGACGUGUUUCGUUUGAUCCCCGUGGUGGAGAGUGUGGUCACUGUGGACAUAUGUGGACAUAGUGUCAGGCCUACCCCAGCCCAUUCCUGCAUUCUCACCGCUUCCUCAGCCCCCGUGGACAUCAAAGUUUGCACCUCUUGAUAGACAGCAGGUUUGAAAUCUGAAGGCCUUGCUGUCUAGAGAGAGAGUCUGAGAACUUAAUGCUCUGUAUUCUGCUUGUUUCUUCAUUCCACAUUUAAGCUCAAAUGAAGUUAGACACUUGUCCGUGGAAACUUGACUUUUCCAGUAGCCAUGUGCCUUCUGUUGUUGUUCACCAUUCACUCGCUACCAGAGCCUGUCUGCUGCCUUGCUCUGUGGCCAGCUUCUUGCUCUUGUCAUUUCCACCCCCGGCAUGAGCGGUUUGACUUCUGCCUUCCUAAUUCUCUUGGCUCGAAAUUGAUUUUGUUCACUCAGCUGGCAGAAUAUGUCUUCUGUUCAUGGAUUAAUUAUAACCCGAGGAUAUUUAUCUAACAGUGUCUGAACUGAGAGCACUCAGCAGGGGGAAGCGGGAUAAAGGUUAACGGAGUGAUAACCUCUCUUCAGAUCUCCUCUUGGAGUGCUCCCCCCAACAUCUGGAAAUGUGCGGGAGCCUGUUCUCCCAUUUUGAACUUGUUUAGUUGCACAGAACACAUCUGCUCCACAGAUCAAGAUUAUCCCUGUGAGCCUCCAAGGUUGUAGGCCACAAAGCAUCCCUCUCAGAGGGCACAUCACAGGGCUCUCCUUGGUUUUGCUUUUCUCCAUUUUCAAAAUCAGUCAGCCUCCCUGUGCUGUGUUAAGAAAAUGUCAUAAGCUGUGGGCAGUUCAGUGGCCGAUUUGGCAACAAAGAUUUCAUGACAGAAGUGUUUUGUGUGCUGUUUUCUGUGAGGAGGCUGUAAUUAUUGAUAUCCUAGAAUGUGAAAAUUUUGAGUGACAGUCUACAUUUUAAAGAAAAUUAUGAUUCAUCUAUUAAUUUUCAAAGGUUUGUAAUAUUUAUAAUGUAUUUGGUCUGUAAAAAUUAUAAAAAAUAAAAUCAGUCUUUGGUUGUAGCUGGCAAGAAUAUGAAUUUUAGGGGUAUAUCAGUUAAAGUUAAUGCAGAAUGUUAUGCCCAGUGUCCUCUGUUCUGAUACUGGAACUUGAUUAUCAGAGAUGGUUGGUGAAAUACUUCCUCUCUGACUACUUUGUGCUUAACAGUGGAGGCCUCACUCACCACAUAGCCUCCUUGGAGCGUCUCGAGGCUGAGGAAGUGCUUUAAAGAUGCUGAGAUAGUUCAGAAGGUGGCAGCACUGCUGUAGCCUUCUGGGGGCAGAACAGAACAGCCAGCCCUUGGCUUUCAGGAAUGAUGAGCCUUUGCUGCCAAAAACAGUCGGCCUCCGGAGAGCGCAGGGCCAGGUUCAGACACCCUUACCUGCGGUGCCACAUGUGAUGCCUGGAUCAAGCCAGACCAAGGCCGCCCCGCGCCGAGCAGUGUUGGAGGCGAGCUAGCACCGACCUUCCCUGCCUGUGCCCGUUGGUGGCACCUGGCUCCGACAGGGACGUUGUGACAGGUGCCUCCCCUGCAUCUGCACUCAUCUCCCCACAGCUCACAGAGCUCGGGUCCGAGAGGCACGCUUGACCUCCCCCGUGUCCUGGCUCCUGCGCCCGACUGGAACAAGGGGACAGGGCAGAAAGCUGGAAGGCACAGGCCGAUGGGGAGGUUGUGCUGAUUUGUCCGCUCAGCCUGAUGGAGGAGCCAGGACCCACCCGACGUGAUCCCAGAGCUCCUGGGCGUGCAGAGAACAUCAUGAUCAGUUUGGGGCUCAGUCACAUCUGCCCCCUGGGGUGGCCUGAGUCCCUCAUUCUGAGGCUGGGCGAGCCUCUCCAGAAAAUGAAAAUCCCCCGAGUGGGCUCACUUCACCCUAACCAGCCCCAUUCCUCCCGCUCAGUUACUAAAAUCAGCGCAUCCAGGGGGCACAAGGUAGGGUGUUCAGUUCAUGCCCUUUCUUUUGAAUGAAGGUGAUACACAGUUUUCUAUUGGGUUUUUAAUACUAAGGUUAAUGAUUUCCUCUGGAGCAGGAAGCAAAUGCUGUAGAAUCAUGACUUUUAAAGUUCAUCUGGUCCCACUUCUCACUCAGCAGGGACCCCCAGCCCUGCUCUUCCAGCCAACCCCCUGCCUCUCCUCCGCCCUGUCCUGUGGCCAGUAGUCCUGCCCCUCGUGGACAAGCCCAGGUGGGCAUUGGCUUUAUGUUGUGCCAGAACUGUCCUGAUGACAUUGGUCAUGGUUCGGCUGCAGCUGGCCAGGCCGGGGCUCCUCUGCUACUCUAACCGAUCUUCUAACAUUUUCAGACCUCGUCACCCACCUGACCCCACCGGUCCACCUCUUAGUCUUCAUGCUAAAUGCUCAGUGCCUUUAGUUGGUCCUCUUCCCCCAUGAUGUCUGACAGGGCUGCUCUUUGGGGAAAGUGCCCAAGUUAGCCCAUGUUACUCCAAAAGGGCCGUGUCCAUGAAUACCAGGGCUGGGGCCCAGGGGCACAAACUUGAGGUGGCAGUCACCCGCAGGCACCAACAGAGUAUGCUUCCUUCUGUUUUGUGCCCUUGGCCUGAUCUCUGUCCCGGGCUUUGUCACACCAGUGUGGGCCAAGCAGUGACGUUGACCCCCUGGGACAUGUGGAUGGCAUCAGCUCUCGGCGGCUGUGCCCUGUGGUUCGCACGUUCAGUUAGUGGCGAAUUCAAACUCCACACCUUGGUUUAACAUUAGUUGCUGCCCAAGAUCAGUCUCAUCGCCUGCCUGCAUGAUAAGCUAACAAAUAAGGCGCUUUGCACGUAUCCUUUAACACUGUCUGCUCUUCAGUCUGGACCAACUUCACAGCUUAUUUUGAAUAGUAGCUGAGUUUUUUUCUGCUCAGUUAACUUUGUCUUCUUAAACAAAACGAGGAGUCUAAUGUUGGAAACAAACAUGUUGCUUUUUUUUUUUUUUUUCAAGAGUAUCCUCAUACUGAUCUUCCGUUUGAAUCUGGGUUGAGCUGGAUAAAGUUCUUUGCUUAUAGCCAGGCACUCUUACAGACCUUGUCCUGGUCCUUGGUGAUCCCCACACAUUAUAGAGCCAUCAAGUGUCCUGCAGAAGCUACAGCUGACAUUUCUUCCAGUCUGGGUAGGUUCCUGAUUUUUGGUGACAAUAACUUGAAAAAAAUAAAACUGAACUACUGACCCUGUUUGGGGAUAAUGAAAUCACUAAGGAAUGAACGUUGUUUAUUAAAACUUUUAUUUUUUAAUGUAUAGGUGUAAUAUCUCUCACUGAGCGCUGAAGGUUAGAAUUUAGUUUUCCUUCAGUGGCUUAAAAUCACUUAUGUGGCAACAAGUACUUCCUGAGUGUGUUUAACUCUUUCCUUCCCACAUGUAUAGUGUGGCCUUUAACAACCACAUCUUAUCCGGUCAUCAAAUGUGCAAUAUUCACUUCUUGUUCAUUGUUGAGCAUUUUACAUGCUUGUACAAAGAUUGAGUUUUUAUAUAAUGAUGAGAAACAGAGAAAUGCGAAUGGGUUUAAGUAAAAUCCUGCAAAUAAACCAGAAUUAAAAUUGAAUUUACAUGUG